AUGACAAUACCUUGUCCUUUGAUUACACAGUCUGCCGAGCCCACCAUUAUAUUCACCAUGAGGAGAGGUAAACCUUCAAUCUUCUAGACAAGUGGUCUAUAUAUGCCCUUCAUUUAGGACAACUUGAAAUCGACCUAAUAAUUUCUUUAUACAAAGUUCCUGGUUUUACCCGUGGUGUCGUAAACCAACCCUACCUAAUUUCUCUUACCUCCAGGGUAAAAUUAAUAUUUCAAAUCCCGCUAUACCUGUAAGUCGCCAUACAAAGUUGUAUUUGCCCGGGGUCCCCCCCCCACAGGGGAUGGCCAAUGAUAGGUGCAAUAGUUCUAAAUCUAUUAUAACUAGACCAUCUGUUUUCUUUGCUUUGCUGAUAUUCAGUGAACUCCAGUUUGCCUGUUCAUCUGACUUCUUCAAAUGUAAAGCAAAACCCAGAAUUUGCUAAACUGUUGACAUCCUUGACAAGACACCUUACAAACACAGGCAUGUCACUUACUGUUCACAAGGACUUGAUGCAGGUUGGUGAUAUCAUUGCUUUGAAGCAGGCUUGUGUUUUGGACAUUUCUUUUCCUUAUUCUUGGAUGCUAGAUACUAUCAAUCAUUUUUCUGUCUUUCUCUAUUUAUGGGGAGGGGAUUUAUAAUACUCAAACCUACUACAGUCAACUCUCUCUAAGACGGACACCUUUGGGACCGGCAGUAAGUGUCUGUCUAAGAGAGGUGUCUGUCUUAUAGAGAGUCAAAUAAAGGGAGUACAGAAAGGCAGGGACCAACUCUAAGUGUCCAUUUCACAGAGGUGUCUGUCUUAUAGAGGUGUCCGUUAAGAGAGAGUUGACUGUAGUAAGUUAUAUCCCUAUAUAUGUGCUGAUAUAAAGGAGGCUAUGAGAAUACAUGUAUUAAAGCUCCCCCCCCCAAAAAAAAAAAAAAAAAAAAAAAAAAAAAUAAUGAUGAUAACUUAUAAAAAUAAAUAAAUAAAUAAAUAAUUAUACAAGAAAUAACUCUGUUUUAUAGAAGGGAGAAGCCGGUACUGGUCCAAAGUCCAAAAUACACCACAAGAAAACCCAUUUGGCUUUAACAGAUUGGACAGUUUUAAUUACAUUUCCCCACAUGCUUAACUGAUCUCUAAAUCUCUGAAGGAUAACAAAUUUAGUAAAAAAGUUAGAAUACAGAAAAGCUGGAAAAAAAGUGUGAAGAAAAGUACAAACUUACCCCUUCCUGGGCUCUACAAUCAGACAGUGUAGUUGAUAACUAACAAAACCUAACAUGCAAGUACCAAUAUUUAUGACGCUUGCCUUGCAUAAAAAUGGUGAUAAAGCAAAACACGGGUGCUGCUACACUUGCUCUGUUCUGUAAUCAGUAAUUCCCUAAGUAUAGUCCAAAAUAGGAGGUGAUGCCCCCGUGGUUUUUGGGGUCAGUUGCUGCCAAACAUGCAGCAUUGAUUUCUUUUACAUCUGUGUAUGCGCUGACUAUUUAAAUGCCAUUUCUAGGCUGAAGAUGCACUGAAACAGCAAAAGCUUAAGUACUUACAGCUCUUAGCACUUUACUCAGAACUGAAGGAACUGCUCAUGGAGUAUGACAUGAAGAAGCAGGACAUUCAUCCUGGUUCAACCACUUCACAGGUCAGUCUUGUUUCACCGCAUGGAACGGAAUCCAGAUUCUGGAUCCUUGAGAUUUUCGCUUGUGGAAUCCAGAAUCUAGGAAAGUUUUGAUUGUGGAAUAAUUUUAGAAUCCUGGGCUUUGGAAUCCAGAAUCAUGCUCAAGGAAUCCGGAAUCCCCCAAAUGAAAUCCAGAAUCCAAGUUCCGCUGAAAAAGAAUCUGGAAUCCAGUGCCUGGAAUCCGGAAUCUACGGUAUGGAAUCCAAAAUCUAAGACUGUCUUGGAUUACCUUGCAUUGAGUGACUUAUUUUAUUGCACCCACACACAUCUGGUCCACAAGUACUGUAAACCUUUCAACUUUUUUUUAGUACUUAUCAUAAACUGUUUGAUAGACUGACCAGGAGUAGUGUAAGUUUGGGAAAGUUUGACAGUGCUCUUUUGACAUUUCCUAACAAAAGAUUGUUAGACAUUCUGUUUGACUGUGCACUGAUUACAGUGAAUUUUAUGAAGCAAAAUAAGAUGCUGUGGCCUUAGAUGUUCAAAAGGUGGAUAACACCAUCCGUCAGAUAAAUCUCUAUCCAGUGGAUUUAACAAUUUCACAGUAGUUUUCCAUGGUUUGAACUCUCAUUGAUCAAACUCAUGUUCAAAGUUUUGAACAUUUUGACAUCAUUUCUAUGGUCAAUAAGAAGAUAGACCAUGUAAAAAUUAUCGUACAGGGCCAAGUUGUUCAAAGGCCGGUUAGUGCUAACCCAGAUCUCUUUUUCUUUUUAUCAAAAGCAUUUUCGCAGAAAAUUUUCUCUAUUCUACUUAGAGUAACUAAUCAUCAAAUUAUUUCACUAGACAAAAAGAAUUAAACUGAAUUUGCUUUUUAGGCUUUCAUAUCUGAAUUCAAAUUUUGUACUAAUCCUGGGUUAUGUUAACCUGGUUUUGAACAACCCGGCCCAGUUUUUGAUUUCGUUUUUGCAAGAACAACAAUUGACAGUUUUUGAUUUCCAUUUUUGCUGAAUUUUUUCAUUGAAUAAUAUGCAUGAGAAAUCUGAGAAGAACAAAUUGCACCACCAGUACAUCAUUUCCAUGGUCUGUGCUCUCAUUGAUUAUAGCUCUCAUCCCAUCAAACUGAGAAAUUGCUUGGUUAUUGUAAAAAAAUAAUGGUUUCCCCAAAAAAUAAUUAUCCACUGGAUAGUGAUUAUCCCAUAGAUAUCGCUAAGAUGCUGACCUUUUGAACAACUGCAGCCUGGUCACUGGUAUAGUGAAGGGCUUUUGUGCAGUAACUAGGUUCUUGUUCACCAGUAUCAGUGGCUCUGUUACAAGAGCAUGUUCAUUUCUCACUUAGUUGUAUGAAGCUUUGAAGGAGUCGCUGGCCCAGGCUGAAGCAGUUAACUACCUUGAUUUCCAUCCUGAAGGAGGAGAACAGGCUGCCACGUUGCUUGGGCUUAAAGCUGAACACCUCACUGGUGAAUGUCAAAGGAAGUCUUUACAUCAGGUAUACAGGGUUCUCCCUAAAUUUUAGCUCAGCAGGUAAGGGACUAUUCAUGGCCGGUAAGGCAAAAAAUAUGCCCCAGAGAAGCACUUUCCUGUGGGGAGGGGAGGGAGUAGUGGAGUGAGGGACAUGGCCCCACCCUAGGAGGGGCUAAGUUCUUUGAAACAUCAUUCCCUCAUUUUAAGACCUAUUUUACGUAAAUCGGCCAUUGUCAUCUGUAGACAACAAUUUAAAAUGUUUGAUCCCAAUAAUCUUACUCUGUCUUCAGUGUUCUCUUUCCAAACUGCAUGGCUCAUAAAAAAGAAAAGCUGUGUAUCUUUAAGUACUUUUCCAUAUAAUUUAUUCAUUCAUUUCCUUGAUUGGAUCGAAUCACAACUCAAGUGUGUAUUAUAUUUUGUUAAAACUACAUAAUGAUUAAUUUUAGUAAACCUUCAAGCAGUUGCAAGUGGUAAGAAGUGUUGCUUCAGGAGGUAAAUUUUACCGGUUACCACCUGAUAAGGAGAACACUGGGUAUGUUGGAUUAAACCCAAGAGUGAUCAACAUCAGUUUUCUCCAAGCAUCAAUACAAUCAGCUCUCUCUAAGACAGACUCCUUUGGGACAGGCCACAGUGUCGGUCUUAGAGAGAUGUCUGUCUUAAGGAGAGUCAACUAGCCUGUGUAGCAAAUGUUUCCUUGCGGUUUUGGAGCAAAGAACAACCAACGAGAGUCAAAGACUGCGCAAAAAAUGGUGUAAGUAAAAGAGCAGGGAGGGGGGUGGGGAAGAAAGGAAGGAAUUAGACAAGCAUUUCCUUCUUUCCCCUUCCCCUCCCCCCUAUUUCAUUUUUUGGCUCUCAUUCCAUUUUUCAUGCGGCCAAAACCGGAAAUCCCGUUCCAUGGUCUUUCUUUGCUCCAAAACCAAACAGAAGUUACGCUGGCUACGCAGUCUAAGAGCCAACUAAAAGGAGUAAAGAAAGGCAGGGACCAACUCUAGCUGUCCAUUUUAGCAAGGUGUCCGUCUUAUAGUAAUAGAGGUGUCCGUUAAGAGGGAGUUAACUCGACAAAAACAAGAGAAAAAGUUAUGAGAAUUAAUGAAAAUAUGAAUGCAAAAGAGAAAAUGCUUUGAUCUUUAAUCAAAUUCUCUCAACCAAUUCUUUAAGGAAAUGCAUGGAGAUCAGUCUGGUGAAUUUGUAUGUGGAUGUGAUUGGCGCUUAAAGGGUUAAGUCCUUUAAUAAACCUGACAACUAAGUAAGAUCAUGGUUUCUUAUUGCCAGGAUUGUUGCUAACAGAGCUGAGAAUUUUUUUUAAUCAUAUGUACGAUGCCAAGAAGAAAGCAGUGGAUUUUGUUUCUUUUUGAGUGUGCUGGGUCACUAAUAAGUUCAUAUUCCUCUUUCUAUAAAGUGUUGAGUAAUACCAAACCAUGGAACUACAUAAGUUUAGAGAAAAUAAAGCAGCCAAAAUUGAAAUGCUGGAGAAAGGUGACUGGAAGUUUGUUCAGUGCACUUCAAGGCCUUUUGCAGGGGCGUCAUAUAAACAGCUGAGACCAUUGCUUCAGAAAUUGGAUCUGGCCCUAAGCGUUGGCUAGUCUUGUAAAUACUGGGCUAAAAGACAAUCUUGGUUAACCAAUCUAGCUCUGUAAAUCAGGCAAACCUGGCUCAUGUAAACAGACCCUCUGUAUGCCUUAAUGCUAAUGUGGCUGGUACAAUGUACUACCUCCUUCAUUGUUUGUUUGUCUUUUACCACUUUACUUUAUGUUUUUACUGUGAAACUCACAAGACCGUGAACACCAAAAAUAUUUAUGGCAUGUUAUUGUGGUGCGAGAAAUAAGCCAAUAAGACAUGAGAUAACUAAGCCGCAAACAGCAACGAUAAUAAGCCCUUUGCAGCUGGGGUCAGGUGAUCAAAUCUUUCCUUAAAAAAUCUAUAUUAUGGGCUAUAACUUAAAGAAUGCCAGAGAUGGAAAAAGCAUAUCAAAAAUACCAAAAUGGCAAAGUUUGGGCCCCCUGGGAUUACAGAGUACUGUUUAUACAGCAGUUUGAAUUUUCGGAAAAUUAAAAGGAUUUGUAUGGAAAAUGUUGCUGGAGAGCAAGGCCUUGCUCUCCAACAACUUUUUCCAUACAAAUCUUCUUAUUUGUUAAAAACUUCAGACUGUCAUAAAAUCUCAUUCUUGAAUGAUGGGGGCCUCAAACUUGGCCAUUUUGAUAUUUUCGACAUGCUUUUUCCAUUUCUGAAAUUUGCUAAGUUAUGGCCCAUAAUUUUAUGAAAAGUAGGUCACACGAUGGCUUAGCUGCAAAGGGCCUGUUAGUUUGUGGUUUUGAGGUUUGCCUGGGUAUCCUGAUCUUUAUUGUGAUCGGCCAGUGCACAAUCAACAUUCCUGAAAUUUUUCAGGUGUUCAUGGUUUUCUUAGUUUGACAGUAAAGCUACUGAGAUUUUAAUCAAUUGUCUCUGUCUCUGUGCAUCAAGUCAUUUCAGCAGAACAUCAUACCUGAACUGGAGUCAAGAUUGAUGAGCAAGUGUGAAACAGUGGCAAGUUUUCACAAACCAGCAAAACAAGUUGGUAAGAUUUGGUGCUUAUAGCUUGCCAGUGGCUUUAUAUUUUCUAAUAUUAUAAUAUCUAUUUUAUCGUUGGGCCAUUGGCUAUGGGCCAUAAACAUGUAUGUGAUGUAACAGACCUGUCAAAUUGGUAUGCCUUUAUAGACAGCAUAAUACUACUGAUAAUGCUCAGUUUUUGACAAAUCUAACAGCAUUUCUUAUAUUUUGGGCUCUUCAAGUAAAAAAAGCCUGGGGGAGUGUAAACAGAAAAUGUUGUGACGUGCGCAUGUAACCACCCUUUGGCAAGAAAUGGUCUGUCAGGCAACAGAACAUAUCGUAUAUUUUUGCAAGUAAAUAAUUAUCUAACUACAUCCUAACUAAAUCCUUAUCCAAAAUGAUGUCUGCGUGAUCAAAUGUCACGAAAAAAGGAUGACCGAACUGAACUCUACCAACUCUUAUUUUUAUGGAAGGAAUACGUUCAAAAUUAUUAUUUUGGUUUUUAUCACAGAAAACGAACAGCUCUCAUUUGCAAAAGCCACACAACUGCCAGCAUUCCUUGAAAAUGAAAAGCAACUUUUGGAGGAAGAGACAAAGCAGCUUCAGUACAACCGAAUGCUGAGAGAUAAACAAUUUAGACAGUUGCAUGAGGUUAGUUUCAGACACUGUGUUUGUUAUUCAAUUUAAAAGUGACUGACUUUGUUGGAGCUGAUAUUAAACAUAGACUAACCGGUCAGACCAUUCCCAUCGUAAUGAGAAUUUCACUUUCAAUAAAAAAAAUAUCCUGCAAGAUCAGUCAAAUCCUAAAACGCAUGCACGAAGCAGAUGGUUUUUCAGCAAAAACUCUUGGGGAAAGCCUAUUUCAAUUUCAAAAUGACGCGUACAAGGCAGUUUUUCCCUUUUACAGUACUGCCAAGUUCUACGGCAUUGCAGUUCAUUUUUUAUUUAUACCUUAAAUUCAGGUUCUGAUGCAGUCUCUUCAAACUCUUGAGAAACUCAUAGCAGAUCACAGAUUACAGUCUCAAGCCAAGUACGAUCGUGUUACAGCUGAGUGGCUGACUGCUAAAUGUGACGCUAUGUGUCUUAAAGUCAGAGUUCUACAGAAUCAGAUGAUUAGAGAUACCUACACCCCAGAAGCUAUCGAGGCGCUGAAAAAAAUCAAGUAUGUGGUAGAUAAGACAUAAAAAGACCUGAAGUGCUUUUUACCUGUCGUGGAAAGAAAUAAAUGACAAAUGACUUUGGUUGCUAAGCUUCUUAAUAAGCAGAUUUAGCAAAGACAACGCAAUGCCAAAUGAGGACGCAAAAGCGCGCGAAAAGGACGGGAGCUGACUUCUUGGUGCCUUCAAUUUGCCGGUCUGCCAAUGGUCAAUUCGGUUUUUAGACCUGCGCGCGCUGUAUUUACUGUGGCGGGAAGCCAGGGGUUUAGCCCCGUAGUGAGUUAGCCCACUACGACAUCGAAUUCGCUUAGUAGUAGCCCCUUAAUAGCUAUAGAAUGAACUACGCCAUCCAUCAGCCGUUUCGACUCACUUUGCACUAAAGAUCGCUUCGAUUUCAGCCAUUAGGCUAAAACCAGGCUAAAACGAACUAGGGGCGAACUCACUGAUUUUCCUGUUGUCUCGUUAUCUUUGCUAAAUCUGCCUAAUAAAUUUUGUUGAGGCCUGUAUAUGCAAAGGUGGUUUUUGUUUCAACCAACGAGGGAAAAUAAUAGAUUUUUGGAGGUUUGUCGUUGCGAAUCGCGCUGUCAACCUUCUGAGAACCUCUUUCAUUUUAGUUUGAUCCGAUUUUUCGACGAAUUAUUGCGCGAGAGUCGAUGAAAGCCUUUCUUAGUUCUCUUGGCGGAUGAGCCGUUAAUCAGCGUGCAAAGAAGUGUCCGAUAGCCCGGGGCUAGUGGAUUUUGCUAUCGGGCUAGUGAAUUCCGUUCUCAACUUGCUGGACGGGCAAGUGAUGUUUUUUUAGGAAUUCGAAUAACGGAAGAACUGUGAAAUCAAUUCUGCUAGUCAAAAAGUUUUUGGGGCUAGUUGAAAUGACAUCUGGGUUAGUAAAUGCUAGCUUCAGCUUGCCUGAAUUGCAAGCUGUAAAAAUUAUUUUUUUAACUUGCACCCUGCGUUAAUUUAGAUGCGCGGCUUACGAUAAUGGCGGGUUACAGGUCAGUGCUUAAAUAUAGAAAGUCGUUAGAAAAUCGCCACAAAAUUGUACGAUUAUCUCGAUUCAUGCAUAAAGGGGCCUCAAAAAUUCGUGCUACUUUCUGAAACAAUCACAGAUCAAUCUUAAAUGUAAUGCUCGCACCAGUUUGCUAAUGCUGGUUAACUCGAAUUAACAGAAAUAGGCUGGAACUAGCUACCGUACUGCUCAGGGUCUGGAGCUAGUCUCCGUCAAAAUUUUGGGGACACUUAACUGUCUCCUUACCCUCCCAAUGUUGUUGUGCAAGAUUUGGUGAGUUAACUGCAAUACUGAAACAACAUUGGGUGGGAGAGGAGACGGGCUAGAAGGAAAAAAAAAAACGACGUUCGGGGAAUUGUCCUAACUAUUUUUGUCUGAGACUGUAGUUGGUAAUUGCAACGGAUUUUUUUUUCGCUUGAGAAGGUUUGAACCACCUACUAAGACUCACCCUUUAUGACCUUUAUUUAAGAGAAUUUCUGUUGAGCAAACCAAAUAUCAGUUCUUACCACUUUACAUUGUUUACAUAUUUUCACGCAAAGUGAAAUCUCUAAGGUCUAUGUUGAGAGUCUAAACCAUCGCGGAUAUUCUGUUAUUUCAGGGCUUACUUAAAGGACGCUGAGGAAGAAAGCAGUGCCGAGCUACACCGUCUCACUCAAACGCUUCAGGCUUACGAGUCAGUUGGCAUGGGUUUUGACUCCCUUGUGCAGCAAUAUACAACACUUAUGGCCGAGAUUGACAACAAAAAAUGGGCUCUUAGUGAACUCAGGCAAACACAGGACGAUGACUUGAGCGAUUUGUGGAAUCAACGGUGAUAAAACUCAGUAAUCAUACUGAACAAAAGGCCAUAAUUAAACUUGGACAAAGUUCUUCAAGGCGUAUAUGAAAAACUGGAUGAGAAUUCGAAAGAAAGAAACUUUUAUGGGUGGGUUAGUAGAUGAGAAAUUAGUUAGUGGUUUUAAUCCGUUCUGAAGUUUGCCAGUCAGACUAGCCCUAAUCAUUUACCUUUUUUCUACUGUGUAUAAGCGGUUGUCAUGAAGUUAUAGCGCAGACUUGAAAAGCGUUAUUGCGGGCGACAGGGGAAGACCGCAAUCUCCUGGUUACUAUUAGGCAUGCUUGGCACGUAUGUAGCCAGCGUUCGUUUAGACUUCCACUAAGAAUGAAUAGAAUGCAUAGCACGCAAUCUAAUCUCGCGCGUUUUUGGCCUUCUAUCACGUGAAACGUACACAAAGUAGCAGCGUUGGAGGAAGAGCGUUUUCGAUCAGAGGGCUGAAACUCGCCCGCAUUCCUUAACCUUUGGUUAUCACCAGUUUAUCUGCUAAGGGCCUGGGGCCCGUUUCUCGAAAGUCCUGAUAAUUAACGGGCCCGGUAAGCUGUUGCCGUUUACAUUAAAGAUCGAGGUUUCAAUAGUUUUGCAUCUAACAUGAUAAAACUAUCAAUUUAUCUCUUAUUCUUUACAUUUCGAUUUGAAUAUUUGAUUUCGUGCCCGAAAAGUUACCGGAACUUUCGAGAAACUGGCCUCUGUUUACAAGGACGUGGGAGACCCCAGUUAGGUGAGGUAACCCGCUUAGGUGGGGUAACCCUCCUGUCCAUAUAAUCUCUCAUUUUAAUGUGAUCACGUUUACAUGAUAGGUGGGGUGACCCGCCACAUGUUACCUCACCUAUCUGAGGUCCGCCACCUCGUGUCUAAGUUAGUUUUCGUUAACUUGACCACCACCAUCGCUCUUUGUAUCUCUGCUGUAGCAUGUUUAAGUCAGUCCCAAUACAAAGAUGAUUUGAGUAGCUUUGGGAAUAAAAAGAAAGGUUUCCCGGCAAUUGCUUGUCGUAAGUGAUUUUGUUGACUACCCUGAGCUCGUUGCCUUUGUGGUUGACUGAAAACAUCUGGCGCCACUUAAUCGACCAAUCAAAGAAGACCAAAAUGGAAACUUUCCCGCUCCUGGGCCAGGCUACUUCUAGCCUGUUCCAAGCGUUCAUGCCUGGAACAGGCUAGGCUACUUCUCGAUACAGUCACUGAAGUGAUACGUCACUUGAAUACUUCACUUUGAUGAAACACAAUGAUGACUUUGGUUUUGCCCUUAAAGGACUACCAGUGGAAAAGCGCUCAAUCGUUUGACUAACACUGCGCCAGAACUCUGUGGACUGUCAAGGCACAGGUCAUAGAAAAAUUACGACAGAUAAAUAAAAAAGUAAAUCAUCA